ACCUCCACAAGACAACAUGAAAGCGUUCUUGGUACUAGCGGCCGUCGCGGCGCUCGGCUCGGCCAGACCCGAGGCGGGAUAUAGUUACAACGCGCCCGGCGCCGGUGGCGGCCACGGCGGGCUCGGCGGUGGCUCCGGCGGCGGCUUCGGUGGCGGCCACAGCGGCGGCUUCUCUUCCGGUGGCAUCAGCUCCAGCAGCUUCGGAGGCGGACACGGCGGCGGCUCCGGAUUCGGAGGCGGCAUCGGCGGUGGCGCUUCAUUCGACUCUGGCUUCGGAGGCGGCUCCGGCUUUGGCGGAGGCGCCGGUUUCGGUGGAGGCGCUGGCUUCGGCGGCGGCGCCGGAUUCGGUGGCGGUGCCAUCGUCCAGAAACACAUCUACGUCCACGUCCCGCCCCCAGAACCCGAAGAACAGCGCCCCCAGAUCGUGAGCGGCGGUGGAGUGCCCCAGAAGCACUACAAAAUCAUCUUCAUUAAGGCCCCCGCUCCUCCCGCGCCCGUCGCCCCCAUCAUCCCCGCGCAGGCCCAGAACGAGGAGAAGACCCUCGUCUACGUGUUGGUCAAGAAGCCCGACGAGCAGCCCGACAUCACCAUCCCCACCGCCGCCCCCACCCAGCCCUCAAAGCCCGAGGUUUACUUCAUCAAGUACAAGACCCAGAAGGAGUCUGGCGGCGCUAUUGGCGGUGGCUCUGGACUUGGCAUCGGUGGUGGUGCUGGACUCGGCAUCGGUGGUGGAUCUGGACUCGGCGGUGGUCUCGGCGGUGGUCACGGUAUCUCUGGUGGUAGCAUCGGUGGUGGACACGGCAUCUCCGGAGGCAGCAUCGGCGGUGGUCACGGAGGAUCAUCCGGUGGUGGCGUCAGCUCCUCGUACGGCCCCCCUGGUCAGUCCGGACCUUACUAAACCGCGCUCCCCGCGCCCCCCUUGUGAUACCAGCUUUGCCGGCGACAAAACCUAGUUAUAAGUAGACAAAAAAUUACGGUGCCUAAAUGUAUUUAUGUAAAUAGUAAUUUUAAUGUACUAUAAUUUUAGUUGUAUUAUGAAAAUACUUUUUUUUGCAUAAAA